UCCAAAAACCAAUUCAAUGGAGAUGCCAAAAACUUUUGGUGUGACGAGGACUGAGUGGUGUUACGCGAUGUUGGGCGAGGGUACGCCAUCACCUCAAACGGGAAAGGCGCGGGUGAACUUUCCAGCAGAAAUGCUGGAUGAUUCGGACAAUGGUGGCAAAAUGUCGCGAGUGACAAAACGCAACAGAAGUAUGAGUGCAUGGAGCGAUAUGAGCAAUUCUUGGAAGUUGGACGAAAGGGUCCGAGUAGAGUAUUACGUCAAUGAAAAUACUUUUAAGGAACGACUACAACUAUAUUUUAUUAAGAAUCAAAGAUCGAGUCUUAGGAUACGAAUAGCAAAUUUAUUUUUAAAAUUACUGUCAUGUGUUCUGUAUAUGAUACGAGUUACAACCGACUUCGAUCCUACAUAUGCAACGUGCUAUGGCUGUGUUCCGGGCAACAAGACAGAAUAUAUUUUAUCCGCCAACUUGACCGAAGAAAAGUUUCAAGAAAACCCAAUAAUAAAUUGGGAUGCCAUUCUGUGGGUGAACCGCCCCCUUGAAUUAUGGGUUGUUCAAGUUAUCUUAGCAGUAAUAAGUUUAACAGAAGCAUUAGUACUAGCAUAUCUUGGUUAUAAGGGUAAUAUAUGGCAGCAACUACUAUCGUUUCACUUCAUAUUAGAAAUCGUUAAUACUGUACCAUUUACAUUUACCAUUUUUUACUCCCCUUUACGAACAAUGUUUAUACCUGUAUUUUUAAAUUGUUGGUUGGCUAAGCAAUCUUUAGAAAAUAUGUUUAAUGAUCUUCAUAGAGCAAUGCAAAAAUCGCAAUCGGCAUUGUCACAACAACUAACUAUAUUGUCAGCAACUUUAGUGUGCCUCGUAUUUACUAGUGUCUGUGGUAUUCAACAUUUUCAGCGAGCUGGACAUCGGCAUUUAAAUCUUUUUCAAGCUACAUAUUAUGUGGUUGUAACAUUUUCCACUGUUGGCUAUGGGGAUUUUGUUCCUGAUAUAUGGCCUUCUCAGUUAUUUAUGGUUAUUAUGAUUUGUGUAGCUUUAAUAGUAUUGCCAACACAAUUUGAACAACUGGCAUUCACGUGGAUGGAACGUCAAAAACUGGGCGGUUCGUAUUCAUCUCAUCGAGCCCAAUCUGAAAAGCACGUCGUAGUAUGCAGUACCAAUUUGCAUGCCGAUACUAUAAUGGAUUUUUUAAAUGAAUUUUAUGCACAUCCACUGUUACAAGAUUAUUACGUUGUUCUUUUAUCGCCGAUGGAAUUGGAUACAACCAUGAGGAUGAUUUUGCAGGUUCCAAUAUGGGCACAAAGAGUGAUAUAUAUUCAAGGCUCGUGUUUAAAAGAUGGAGACCUAGUGAGGGCCAGAAUGAACGAAGCGGAAGCAUGCUUUAUUUUAGCAGCUAGAAAUUAUGCUGAUAAAACCGCCGCGGAUGAACAUACUAUUUUGCGGUCAUGGGCUGUGAAAGAUUAUGCACCAAAUGUCGCACAAUACGUUCAAAUAUUUCGACCAGAAAAUAAACUCCACGUGAAAUUUGCAGAAUUCGUAGUCUGUGAAGAUGAAUUUAAGUAUGCUCUUCUAGCUAACAACUGUACUUGUCCUGGUGCCUCUACAUUAGUUACACUUUUAUUACACACUUCACGAGGCCAAGAAGGUCAACAGUCACCAGAAGAGUGGCAUAGAUUAUAUGGACGUUGUUCUGGAAAUGAAAUUUAUCAUAUUGUAUUAGGCGACAGCAGAUUUUUUGGGGAGUACGAAGGAAAGAGCUUUACAUAUGCAAGUUUUCAUUCACAUAGAAAAUAUGGAGUAGCAUUAAUAGGUGUAAGACCAGCAGAGCUUCCAGAAUUUUACGAAGAUACAAUACUCCUAAAUCCAGGCCCCAGGCACAUUAUGAAAAAAAGCGAUACUUGUUACUACAUGAGUAUUACUAAAGAAGAGAACUCGUCUUUUACGGUAGCAAAUCAUCACGGUGACCAAAACAUAUCUGUAGAUAGCUCUGGACUGAAAAUUUCCAAAGAAGAGGAGAAAUCUUCUUCUCAAUUUAAAGAUGGUACCAGUCUCCCUCAACUUAUACUGCAAGUGCCCACUUGUGUCCAAAAUACUAGGACAACGGAUUCAAGACAAUGUUUGCGAGAUUCUUCAGGUUCGAUAUCAAUAGAACUAUCGGUUUCGGGUAAUCAUCUAGAUAUUCCAAAGGGCGAUAACCUAAACAUGCUGAAUCCAGACAACUACCAACGAAGAAACACCAGAAGGCCUAGUAUAUUACCUGUCCCUGACAUGUUUACUGGUAGUACUCUAAACAUAUCGCAAGAUGUCACCGAUGAGGGAGAUGAAAGCGAAGACGAGUUAGAAGAUGAUGUUCCAUGGAGAUCGCCCAGUGAAAAAAUUGCGUCUAGUCUUUCUGAUGAUUCUAUGGAGUUCGAGAAACCUGCAUGGCAUGAUGAAUGUAUUAGUAUAGUUAAGGGCUUUCCUCCAGUGUCACCCUAUGUAGGAGUGAGUCCAACUCUAUGUUAUUUGCUCAAAGAAAAGAAGCCUUUGUGCUGCCUUCAAUUAGCAACAUGCGAACAUUGCAAUUACAGGAAUGCAAGAGAUUAUCAAUGGCAAAAUAAAACUAUAAUAUUAGCAGCAGAUUUUGCCUCAAAUGGCAUAUACAAUUUUAUUAUUCCUUUAAGAGCUCAUUUUCGUCCUAAGACUUCACUAAAUCCCGUUAUUUUAUUAUUAGAGAGACGACCCGAUUUUGCAUUCCUAGAUUCAAUUUCGUAUUUUCCCUUGGUGUAUUGGAUGUUGGGAUCAAUAGACUGUUUAGACGACCUCCUACGUGCUGGAAUAACAUUAGCCGAAAAUGUCGUUGUUGUAAAUAAAGAACUAUCUAACUCUGCCGAAGAAGAUUCUCUAUCAGACUGUAAUACGAUAGUUGCUGUACAAACUAUGUUUAAGUUUUUUCCUAGCAUAAAAAGUAUUACGGAAUUGUCUCAAUCAUCGAAUAUGAGGUUUAUGCAAUUUAGAGCACAUGACAAAUAUGCUCUUCAUCUUUCCAAAAUGGAAAAAAGAGAAAAAGAAAGGGGGUCUCAUAUAUCCUAUAUGUUUAGGUUACCAUUUGCUGCUGGUAGUGUAUUUAGUGCUAGUAUGCUUGAUACGCUAUUAUAUCAAGCAUUCGUUAAGGAUUACGUCAUAACGUUUGUUAGAUUGCUACUUGGUAUUGAUCAAGCUCCAGGUUCCGGAUUUCUAACUUCAAUGAAAAUAGGAAAGGAUGAUAUGUGGAUCAGAACAUAUGGUCGCCUAUAUCAGAAACUGUGUUCGACCACUUGUGAAAUACCUAUUGGAAUAUAUCGUACCCAAGACACAUCAAUAUGUGAAUCGUCUCAUAUUGACGAGGACUUGGGGUCAGACAGAGUCGGUAUAACAUAUCGUCCUAAAGAAGGAACCAAUUGUCUUGGAUGUAGUAACAAGCGCAGUUCAAUGUAUUCCCUUAACAUGGCCGACGAAGCAAAAGACAACCACAACCAACAGAUAGAAAGAGCCGAAAUAGCAAACCUAGUAAGAUCGCGAAUGGAAAGCUUAAAUUUAUCCACUAUUGACUACAAUGACGUUAGUGAAAAGAGAAACAGUCUGUCAUACGUAAUUAUAAAUCCAAGUUGUGAUCUCAAAUUGGAAGAAGGUGACAUAAUUUACUUGGUACGGCCUAGUCCAUUCUCAGCUCAAAAAACUUUCGAACGACACAACAGUCGAAGAAAAUCUAAUAUAAGUUUCUGUUCUCAAAGUUUCUUACAGCAAUUAGGAAGUUCAAAUCAAUUAAAUAAUCGUAGAAGUUCCGGAUUAGGACUAUCCGGUUACCAGUCACCAAGGCCACCUCCCUUAGCUACUACAAAAUCAAAUUCGCUAUCGUUGCCCGAUAGCCCAACAGUUAAUACACAUCAGAGGGGUCGUUCCAACUCUCUACGAGUUAUAGAUGAUAUUCUUCUAAGAAGAUCGAAUUCGUUAAGACAGGGCCUUCCAGGUCUUGGCAAUCCUCGAAGGAAAAGUAGUUUGGAAGACAUUGGCCUAACACACUUUUCAACCAACUUCCAAAAGCCAAUAAAGAUAGCUUUUAAUAAUAGUAUCGGGCUCGAAGUUACACCUCCAGAGGAAAACAGCCCACCUAUAAUGUCAAGCAAUACGGCUCUUAUAGUAAACCCCUCCCUAGUACCAACAAUAAAUAUGGGAAGCACACUUAGUCUUCAAUCAUUAGGAGGCCCGUCGCCUUUUGGGGGUGUAAAUGCUGCAAAUUACGGUGAUUCCUGCCCACCUACGCCAACUGUAUUGCCUAGUUCUUCGAGCGAUGCGCAACAACUCCAAGGGACCAUAGUAUGAUAUAACCUAAUGUGGGGGAAAAGAGGAGGCAGCUUAAGAAAGAAGUGGCUGUAGAUCUCUACCCUCAC